AUGCAUCUGUCAUCACUCGUCGCGUUCUUCGCCGCACCUUUGCUGGCAGCUUCCUCCCCGGUGACUCCCUCGUCCGAGAUAGAACCGCGGCAAGUGUACGGCGUCACCUCAAAAUACUGCUCCACCGCCUCCGGUAACGUGCCGAGUCUCUGCUUUCUUCAGUAUUACACCUCGGCCACCGCGCCCACGUACCGCAUCGCCCUGCCCUCUGACGCGACCAACAAUGCGGCAUACGACACCAUCCUCCAGAUCAUCUCCCCAGUUGCCCAGACAUGGGUUGGCUUUGCCUGGGGCGGCGGGAUGACCAACAAUCCGCUCACUGUUGCGUGGCCGAACGGAAACUCGGGUCAGGUCGGCCGCACUACUCCUGGACUCUACAGCGGCGCCACCCUGCGCACCCUGUCGACAGCACGCAACUCGACGCACUGGACCGUCGAGGUUGUCUGCACGGGCUGCAGCAGGUGGAACAGCCAGCAAAACGGCGGGCGCCUCGAAACACAGUCUGGCAGUGCGUCGACCUUUGCCUGGGCCAUCAGCCGCACCGCCGUGCCCCAGCCUUCGAACCCAUCCGGUAGCUUUCCUGUGCACAACAACCAGGGCAUGUUUAGCAACGCGCUGGACUUUGGCAAGAACGCUAGGGCCACGUUUACGCAAUAUGUUCAGAACAAGCGGUCAUGA